GAAGAGGGAAGAGGAGGGGUGAUAUCCCAGCGAACAGCUGCUGCAGCUGUGAAGAGAAAAAAGGAGGAAGAUCAGGAGCAAUUGCAGCAGUCUGACCCUCGUGACAGAUUUAUUCACAUCUGACAAAGGCACCUCUUUGGUUUCGGUACCUUUUGUGCAAGUAUUAACACAGUGGGAUGAAACCCCAUUUUGAGAUCAGGACAACUCCUUCACUUGGAGAGCAUCAACACAUGAAAGAUUGGUCCUCCAGCUUUACUGUGAAGAUCUACCUCUUUGUGUAUGACCUGCUGCAAUUCUGUGGGCAUUCCUGGAUAUUUACAAAUAUGAUCAUCAGGUACAUGUCGUUUGGAAAAGAUUCAUUGGCCGACACAUUUUACUCCAUAGGACUUGUGAUGCGCCUUUGUCAGUUGUUAUCUGUACUGGAGAUCCUGCACAUCCUUAUUGGCAUUGAUAAAAGCCGUCUGCUCCCCAGGUUUUUGCAGAUCACUGAGAGAAUAAUCGUGUUGUUUGUCGUGAUCAACAGUCAGGAAGAAGUUCAAGGGAAAUACAUUGUGUGUGUUUUAUUUUUCCUUUGGAAUUUAUUAGAUGUUGUCAGGUACACUUACAACAUGUUGGCAAGGGUGGGGAUACGUUACUUACCGCUGACAUGGCUGAAGUUCUCACUGUGCAUCCUCCUCUAUUCGCUUUCAGUUCUGGCUGAAGCAUUUGCAAUCUGUGUAUCACUGCCUUAUUUUGAAACGUUUGGCACAUACUCCGUCAAGUUGCCAUUUCCAUUCGCCUUCUCAGUCCACUUCCCCUAUGUUCUGAAAAUGUACCUGCUGGUGCUGUUCACAGGUAUGUGCUUUAUCGUCCGGAACCUCUUCUCAGAAAGGAAGGCUCACCUAGAAACAGGCAACACCAAAAAGAAAAGAAGCUAAGAUGAUGCUUUGUUUUGAAAUACAGAAUUUGUUCCCAGUGGGUUAAUACAUGGCAUCAGCAAAGGAGACCAGUGUGUUCCAUGCAUAACUCCUGCCUGCUUGCGCAUUAUCCAGCUGUGUUGAACCUUCAGCCAAGACAUAUCUCUAAUGCUCCUCAUUUGGAGCAGCUUGGAAUACCUUGUUACUUUUGAAAGUGUUGACUUCAGAUGUCAGGAUUUUUAAAAAUGAAUAUUUUUCUAAUAAAAGAGAACUUGGAAAAAAAAAAAAAGAGUGCCUUCACCCCAGUUACACUAUCAGCCCUUAUUUUGGUGUUAAUUCUUGCUUCAUCAUCAUCAUCAUCAUCAUCAUCAGAUAUUGUGUAACGACAACACUACUUGAUGUAUUAUAUUAGGCAAACGUGUAUGGGCCUCCUAUAUAUAAAAUAGCUGUAAAGUAGAGGGGAAUAGAUUUAUGUUAGCUGAGGGUGGUGAGGCACUGGCACAGCUGCCCAGAGCAGCUGUGGAUUCUCCAUCCUUGGGGGGGCUCAAGGCCAAACUGGGUGGGGCCCUGGGCAGCCUGAGUUGGUGGAGGGCUGCCCUGCUCACAACAGGGCACUGCCUGAAAUGGAGAAUCUUCAGUGUCCCCUCCAACUAUUCAGCGACCCUGUGGGAGGAAGCAUGACAUAUUAUAUUGGAUAUAUAGGGAGCACAAGGGAAGGCGCAAGGAAGGUGUCUGUGAGAAGAGGCCCACACCUAUGACCAAGCCAGAGAACUGGUACCAGAUGAUUUCAUAACAGCCACCACAGAGCACCACUGAACCUAUUAACACUGUGAGAAGAGCUUCUGUGAACAGUGAAACACUGCAAACUAGGUGUGAGGGAGAGGAGUAAGAAUAUGUGUGAGAAGCAGCCCUGUGGGUGCCAAGGAGGCUGGGUAAGCAUCCAGCAACCAGCCAGCUCAAACCCAGCGGAGAUAUUCAUGUUUGUUUGUUUUAACAUAAAAAUACAUACUGUGCUUCCAUUGCAUUGAUACCAAUAGCCAGCUUAAAGGCUGAAAUAGGAGAAUGAUUCUUUAAAGUCACUGUGUGAGGGAACUCCAGAAUAUAAAGUUAAUUACUGGAAACUUCCCCCCUUUUUGGUGCAGAGGUAACUUGGGGCAGACAAGAGGGAGAUUUAGGGAAGAAAGCCUUCCAUGUGUGAAUGCAGUAGGCCACUGUAACUCCAACUCCACCUUAAUUAAUUUCUGGAAAGAUCAGGACUGGGCAGCCAAAAAAAUCACCUCAAAUAUUGUCUGACUUCUUUCCACCUCUGGAUGAUAAAACCCUUGAACAAAAUAAGCACUUUUUGUACAUAACUAUAUGAAGAUGACAAAGAGCCAAAGCACAAGGAUGAAGGAAUGUCACUAGAAAGUGAUGCAUUGGACAGCCACCUCAGGAACAGAAGCGUAUCUACUACAUUUGUCCAUCUUUAUACAGCUUAUGCAGUGUGAUACUGAAUUCAUAAGUAUAUAUAUGAAAUGUGGAAAGGGAUUUGUAUAUAAAAAUUAAAGAAACAAUUUUUAUAAGCCAUUAUUCAGUGCUCUUUUUGCCUAUAGAACAGCUACACUGGAAUCACAAGGACUCAUCCUACUGCUUGCUCCAGCUCCAGCUUCCUUUGCUGCCUUGUCACACAUCUAAACUGCAGUAGCAAUUAACUUGUCCAUCUCAGUCCUUGAAAGUUACUGUCUCCAGAGGAGUGUUCUAUUUUGCAGGAGAUCACCUAGUAAUAAAAAUAAUAUCCAUUUCUCCAGCACCAGCACACAACUGGAGGCACAGCCUCUUUCCAUCACAAGCUACACACAUAGGAAAAGCAGGCCAACAGAAAUGGAACAGUAGAUAAAAGGAUACACUACAGGUACCCAACAGUGAACUUCUCAGUCUUUCAGAGGAUUAUAUUCCUAACUAGCUUUUGUUUAGUUCUGUGGGCUGAGCACACAGUUAUAUACUAUGAUUAUUUCCACUAUAUAUAUAUAUAUACACACUCCAAUCCAGCAGUUUGUGUACUUGUAUCACUGUGCAGACUGUAAUGCAGCACAUGAGUGUUACCCACAGCUUCCACUUAAAUAAUCUUUUCAUCUAAAAUAGAAUGCUAAUGCAGACACAAACUCAGAUGAGUGGAGCUGUAAGCUACUUCGCAAUAGCACUCUAUGGGUGGCAGCAUUAAAUAUCUGGCUUUGUUAGAGGUUACUUUGAAGAGCACAGUGGUUUCAGAGUCCUUCCCUCCCUACCUUUAGACUGGCUUCUCCACAUACUUUUGCCUACAGAGUAGGAAAUUAUCAUUAUUAUCCACUACUUUAGAAAUACAAGCAAGCUCUGUGGUAAUUUUCCACAUACCCAAUUGCUGAAACAAUGCAUCAACAGAGCCAAUGGUUGUUCCUUACAGUUUACUUUGUUAGGUGGGAAAUGCUAACGAUGAAUUCAGUGGAAAAUUUCUUCUGCACGGUAAUGUAAUUGGGCCUGAAAUAAAGAGAAUUCCUGUAGAGGGUGUGGCUCCCAGAUAAAGGGCCAAAAUACUUCCUUGAAGUAGAGCUUUGCAAGACACCAGAGUCCAGUACACACGCAGUUAUUGUCAGUUAACUUUUGUUUAGUGAGGACAAUUGCUAAACACAGCUUUUGUCCUUUAAGUCCUCUCUCCCCCAGACUGCAGAGGUAAAGCUCUUCUCACAUACAAAAUUGUGCAAAGGACACAAGAACAACUUUUAGUGGACGGAAAACUGCAACAAUCCUGGAGCCGGGGGCUCCCCAUGUCCUUGCAGACACUGACUUACUUAAACAGUCUCAAUAAAGCUGUUGCAAAACUGGCACACGUUACACCCCUUCAGGAGCUGUAUCCUAUGUACCUCUGCUGUGGUGCCACUGCUGCACAAGGGCAUCUUAUUAUUAGUAUGAAGUGUUAUCAGCUGAAAACUAGUACUCAUUCAAGGCUUUAAAACACACUUCAGCAUAUAGGCCACAUCCAAACAAUUCUUGUAAUGUUUUAUUUCUUUCCCAUUUGCUCCACAAAGCUCGGAACACACACCACUCCAGUCUCUGAUGCUCCAAGCUGUCACUGAAACAGCUUAACUGAAACAGCAUAUUUCUCAUUCAGAUCCAGCACAGCUCAAACCAUGCCAGACAGUCUGUAGGAGAAUGACUCCACUAGUGAAAAAUAUACUUUUUUUUUUUUUUUUUUUUUUUUUUCAUCAUGUGAGUCUUUGGGAGAGGAGGGAAGGAACUGAGAAACUUCUGACAGGAAACAUUUUUGGAAUUUGUCUUCCUUGAUG